AGCUACCUCUCGAAAGUCACCUAACUCUUUUGAAGUAGUUCGGGACGGAGGGGAGGAAGUAUAUUAUAUGGUCGAAUGCCAAUUACCAAACCCCGAAACACUCGUGAUUUCUCCCGUCCGUUCCGAUGAAGGCUGCGAGUGUGAGUAAAGACGACGACCGAGCCGUACUCAUUUGGCGCGAAAUCCCCGAUCUCAACCCCUCACCCACCAAUCUCCUCACUUCAAAAUUGGAGCAUCAAAUUCAGCUUCAAUGGAGGAGGAACAACAACAAAAUCAAAGGUGUGACUCUGAGUGUGAGUGUUAAUGCAGGUAGUAGCAAUUUCGGUUGUGUAUCAAUGGCGGCGGGGGAUAAACAAGGGGGAGAUGACAUUGAUUUCGCACCAACUACUGCUCAGUUGCUCAAGUAUCCACUUGCAAUUGUGGCAUUGAUACCUAAAUCUGUCUCGCUCUUCGCUGCCGGUGCUGUUGCCGGUGCUGUUGCUAAGUCCUUUACGGCGCCUCUCGAUCGUGUCAAGCUUCUUAUGCAGACCCAUGGACUGCGAGCUGGGCAAGAGAGUGCUAAGAAGGCAAUUGGAUUCGUCGAGGCUGUUACAUUGAUAGGGAAGGAAGAAGGAUUGAAAGGAUACUGGAAAGGCAAUCUUCCUCAGGUGAUACGCAUCAUUCCUUACAGUGCUGUCCAAUUGUUUGCUUAUGAAACAUACAAGAAAAUUUUCAAAGGAAAAGAUGGAGAGCUCUCUGUCAUUGGAAGACUGGCAGCUGGUGCUUGUGCUGGCAUGACUUCGACUUUUGUUACCUACCCGCUAGAUGUGCUCAGGUUACGGUUAGCAGUUGAGCCAGGUUAUCGAACAAUGACAGAGGUUGCUGUAAACAUGCUAAGAGAAGAAGGAUUUGCUUCCUUCUACAAGGGUCUUGGUCCUUCUCUUAUUAGCAUAGCUCCGUAUAUUGCUGUGAACUUUUGUGUUUUUGACUUGGUUAAAAAAUCUUUGCCUGAGAAGCUUCAAAAGAGAACAGAGGCAUCACUUGUAACAGCUCUGAUAUCAGCUACUAUAGCUACACUCACAUGCUAUCCUUUGGACACGGUGAGAAGACAGAUGCAAAUGAAGGGUACACCUUAUGAGACAAUCUUUGAUGCCUUUCCAGGUAUUGUGGAACGUGAUGGCUUGGUCGGAUUGUACAGGGGGUUUGUUCCGAAUGCAUUAAAAACUUUACCAAACAGCAGCAUAAGAUUGACUACAUUUGACACUGUCAAGCGUUUGAUUGCGGCCAGUGAAAAAGAAUUUCAAAGAAUAGUGGAAGGAAACAGAAAGAAACACAAUCUAAGAUCCAACGACUCCCCCAUUUAGAUAUAUAUGUUUUAAGCUUCUAUUAGUCAUCUUCGUUUCCCAUCUCAACUCUGAAUUUUGUAUUAUAUAUUGCUUAGUCCUUAAAUGGGUUAUCAUUAAAGCUUUCAACUUCAAUGAGCGAGGCUUUUCUUUUCA